AUGAUGGUUUCCGAUGAACUGCCUCUUCUCCCUCCUUCUCCUGAAUCUUCCCUCAAUAUCCCUGCUCGCCUCCAAAAGAAAGCCAAACAAGCAGCAUCUCGCCAAUGGGUAUUGGACAUCAUUGUGGUGUUUGUCACCAUUUUCUAUUACUGUGGAAUUAUGAUGUAUUUUCCAUGUUUGAUGGAUCAGAUAGCGGCUGGAACUCAAUACAAAGAGAUGCUCAUCAACGAGUCUCUGGAUCUAAAACUAUCGAGUGUGAGUUCGGAAACUGAUACCGUCUGCUUUAAAAACGGAACAUCGGAAUAUUCGCUCGAUACCCUCCUUUUUUUUCUGAUACCCAGCUUCUCAAUUGCCUGCAAAAUUGCCCAAUUCAUUUCUAUCACAUUUAUCGCUUUCAAAAUCGAGGAAGGAACUCGGGAAUCUGUGCAACGGGCACACAAAGUUACGUAUUUCUUUAUUUUUUUCCGUCCUUUGCUCGCCUUUUUUGAUUUUAUCGUGCUACCAUUCUUUAUGCAUAUGCUUCCAAUGGUUUCGAAAGAACACCCUGUACUUGUCAUGCUGGCAUUUUCUCUCUGCCUUAUGCAAUUUUUCUACAGCUUUGCCUCUGCCUGGAUUGAUGCCACGAUUACUAUCCAAUUGUCAAAGUUCAUGAAUGGGGUCCACAACGAAGAGGACAUCGAAAUGACCGAGAGAGAUUUCAUCGACGCCAUGCGUUCUGUUGGGGUGCUGUAG